ACGUAAUGGUGGCUGCUUGCGGUCCAUUGCUGACAACAUUAUUUAUAAAACCGUAUGAAAACCUUCAAAAACUAAUAAAAUAGCACAGCAUUUUUGGAAAAAUUGGUCAGCAUGAACAAUCAAUGCUGUUUCAUCUGCAACAACCGGGCGGGCCUGUCUCUCAGAAAUGCUUCCAGUCUUUUUGGUGAACAUAACACACUAUCGUCAGGCAGGAAAGUUUCAGAAGUGGUGAGCGAGAUUGUCAAUAAGCCAGUUGUGGAAAACAAGGUGCAUACCAACAUACUGUGCAAGAAAUGCUAUAAGACAUGCAAUGAGUAUGACAGCAUUCAAGUUAGAUUACAGGCCAUAAAGAAAGAAAUGCUGGAACAAUUCAAAUUGUCUUUGCCUAAUCACAAUUUGGACUAUGAAAACUAUGAGAAAAAUGUUUGUAACCCACCGAAACUCAUACCAAUUCUUGGGAAGAAACUUGUGUUGCCAGCGUCAAAAUUACAGCCUAUUCCACCCGAUUUGUUGUUGAAAGUGGGCAAAAUUGCAUCGUUUUCUAAACCUAAUUUGAUUCUACCACAAAUUAAGCCGCAGACCACAGCAUCAACCGUAAACCUGAAAGUAACCGUAGGAUCUUCAGUUUUAACACAAACAGUCAAAACUACAACAAGCAAACCCGUAGAAAAACCCAGUCUAGACUCAAAUUCCAUACUAAAUUCCUUAACCAACGCCUUAAAAGAUGAUAUAGAUACUCUAUCUAGUUCUAAUAGUUUGACUCAAAAAAACUCAAUUUUGAGUUUCAAUGUCAACUCGUUGCCUAAAGAUUUUCUUUCCGGAGCCGUUUUGACGAAAAUUGAUGAUAAGGAUGAUGAUGAUGAUGAUAAGGGUGAUGGGAAUAAUGAUGAUCAUCCCAUGGAGAUUGAUGAAGAUUGUUUAUCCGUUGUACCUGUAACUACUUCUGAAGGUGGAAACCUAGUCCUCAAAGUUGAAGGAUUACAGACAAAAUCCUCAACGCCAGAAGUGAGCGAGUAUCUAAACGUGGAAAUUCCCACAUUGGACGCCGACACAGACGUGACGGACGCACAGAAGUACAUCCUCGGCAAGCUGGAGAUACUCAACGAGGGCGAUGAUGAUGACGAGGAGGGACACACAAUAGUGGUGGACAGUGAGAACGGUGAAAUACUUCGCAUGGUAGCCGGACAGAAGUUCAUCUACGAGGGUGGGGAGAUAUCACUGGUGAUGCCCGAUGAUCACCAGCCUGAGGACGGUGAUCAGCAGGAUAAUGGUGAUAGUCAAGAUUCCAACGACGAGUCGCAAAUAGAGCUACAAGUAUCGGGAGACGAAGAAACUGCUAAUGCCAUCAUCGCUGCAGCACAGGAACAAGGAGGUGCAUUUAUAAAGGUGGAGUCCGGCGAGAUGUUCCGCGUGAAGUCUGUGUCCAGCACCACGUCGGACGGCUCUGACGUGGACGCCUUGCAGAUUGUGGCGCAAGAGGGGAACAUGUUCAAAUGUCUGCUGUGUGAGAAGAAUGAAGCUAGUGCGGGCACGGUGUGUGCAGCAGACAGUAUGAUGCGUCACCUGAAGAGCUGCCACGGCGCCCGCCUGUACCUGUGCCGCCACUGCGGCGCUGCUAUGCGUCGCCGGACACAUUAUGCGCAACAUAUUGCAUCACACGCAACAGAGGCUCCGCCCCCGUCGGGCCGCGCCGCCGCGCACCGCUGCGGCACGUGCGGCAAGUGCUACAGCUCGCGCACUCUGCUGCACGAGCACAACAACGUGCACUCGGGGGCCAAGCCCUACGCCUGCGCCCUCUGCAACAAGGCCUUCGCCUCCAAGUACACGCACCAGGCGCAUCUCAAGACUCAUGCCGUCCGUCCGCGUCCCUUCAAAUGCAAUCAAUGUGGCAAGUCGUUCCUGACACAACAGAAUCUGAAUCAACAUGAGAAAACUCACUCCGGCAUCAAAGACUUCGUCUGUAAUAUAUGCAACAAAGCGUUCAGCACACAGCACAACCUAGAAGUCCAUGGGGUUGUACACUCAGGGAACAAGGCGUUUGUGUGCAGCGUCUGUGGGAAAGCCUUCGCCAGGCGAGCAGAACUCAGGGACCAUCUCAGGAUACACACCGGUGAGCGUCCAUUUUCAUGCGACAUCUGUGGUGCUCGCUUCACGCAGCGCUCGAACCUGCACUCGCACAGGCGGGCCACGCACUUCGAUGACAAACGAUACCAUUGCGACCAGUGCCCCAAGAGAUUUAAACGCAGGAGACUACUAGAAUACCACAUAAAGGCGACGCACACAGGCGAGCGGCCGCUGAAGUGCAGCCUGUGUCAGCUGUCCUUCGUGUACCCCGAGCACUACAAGAAGCACGUGCGGACACAUAGUGGGGAACGACCUUAUGUCUGUGAGAUCUGCGGCAAAUCGUUCAAUUCCCGCGAUAACCGCAACACGCAUCGCUUCGUGCACAGCGACAAGAAGCCCUACGAGUGUGUCGCUUGCGGCGCCGGCUAUAUGAGGAAACAGCUGCUCUAUGCGCAUAUGAAUACUAGCGGUCAUCUAGCGGAAUCAAUAGUAGUCAAUCAACCGAGAGUCAUCAAAGUGACUGAGAAUAGCACAAAUCCUCAGACAACGGAUAUUACAAACAUUGAAUCGAAUACUAAUAAAUUCGACGCGAUAUUUGAAACCAGUGAAUUAGAGAAUAGCGUUAAAUCUGUUGUAAAAUCGGAGACUGAAGUGAAUUUACAAGACGCCAAAUUUUUCAUAACGGAUGACAAAAAGUUAAUAUUACAAGACAGUGAUAAAGCGACAUUGAAUUUAAUACAAGAAGGGGACGAAUCUGCUUUAUUUACUAUACAUAACAUAGGCGAGAGAUCGGAUGGAACUAUACUUGAGGCUGUAGAUGCUGAUCAGCUAGGAGAACAGACUGAGAUCGUAGCGAACGACGAGAAUGGUGGUAUGGUGCGACUCAUACAGAUCAAACUACCGGACGGCAACAACGGAUGGGUGGCCAUCAAUCGGUGAACUUGUUAUAGUAACUAUGGUUAGCUCAUUUAUUAAGGGCUUUUCCCAAUAUUCGAUCUGAUUGUUAAUUUUCUUACUAGAAUUUUGAAAAGUCGUGGUGGCCUGGUGGGU